UAUCCAAACUUCCCUCUUUUUCUCCGAUCCCAACGCCGGCCUUGGCAUUCUUUCAGUCGUUCGAGAACCCUCGACGGCCAAACCUCAGCGCUUCCAACAAGCUAUCCGCGACUUUCUUCCCCCCAAAACUCGCACUAUAAAAGGGGCAAUACACCUGGGGACAGCUCAUUCAGCUCCAGAUUCUUUAUCCUCCUCCCAGCUACCAGACAUGUCGUUUUACGUCGCUCCCAGCCAGCAGCGCACUCUUCGCGCCUGCAUGGUCUGCUCGCUCGUCCAGCUUCACAACAAAUUCAUGCGUGAAGGCUGUCCCAACUGCGACCACGUGCUUGGCCUCCGCGGCAACAACGACGCCAUCCAAGAGUGCACAUCGCAGGUUUUUGAAGGGAUGGUUACUCUUCGCGAUCCGAAUACAAGCUGGGUAGCUCGCUGGCAACGUCUGGAUAGCUAUGUCCCGGGCACAUAUGCUGUCAAGGUGACUGGAUCGCUCCCCGAUGAUAUCGUCAACAGUCUCGAGGCUUCCGGUGUGAAAUAUAUCCCGAGGGAUGGAAGCAUCGGAGAAGAAGACACUUGAAUUCGCCUAUGGAUUGAAAGAUAUGCCACCUUCGAGCGAUUGAAAUACACAGUAAACUCGCCGUUUUUCAUACCGAAUCGAGAGAAGGGCGUGGGGAUGAUACUAUUCAGAUGCACAAAACCGGAGUUAAAGGUUGGGUCGUACUAUAUUGAUACAAUGUUUUAUUUGGGUACUUGGGGGUGCCUCUCAGUGGAGUUAUUAUGCUAUAUUUUGCCACUUUUUACUCAUAUGUUUUCGGUCGCUGAUAUCGAUGCAACAACUACAUUUCUACAUUGGUGCACUGCCCUUUGC